GCCAUCAGUUUGCCAUAGUAAGGUUCGUAAUUUCGCUCUCAGCCCAGCAGUCGGAGAACUGUACGUUGUUGUGGAUGGGAGUUGUGGUGUCACUCGCCUCCGAGCGCAUCUUUGAGAGGAACAAAGGCGAAACGACAACAAGAGCACGCGAUCUGUGUUAUCUUCUGUCAAGUACGGUUUAUAGAAUUGGAAGGUGUGUUUAUUUAGUCGUGCUGUUAUUUGUUAUGUUGGCGUAGUUUACAAUCAUAAUUGCACAUCUGUAUCUUAAAUAUAGCUUUUUUGAGCUGCUGGAAUGACGUAAGAGGACAUGUUUUUGGACAGUGAGGAUUUUUUCUCACGCUGUUUUGGACGAGCACGCGUGGAUAUACAACCUAAUAAACUCACAGCGAAUUGGAGAAAGUUACAUAAAUGGAUGCAUUAUGACAGCAUUGCCAACAUUGUAACACUGACGCUCCAGCAAUGAAUAGUAGACUACGUCUCGGUUUCUAUUAUUUGAUCGUGUUGUAUAAUAAAACUUAAAAUCCGAAGAGGACUUUAAACCUCAUGCACUUUUGUGAAUUAAUAGCCAGAGAAAGAAUGCCUGGACGCUUCAGGACGGCUCUGUUCACGUGUAUGAUACUCUACCUGUUAACAUGCACUGAUGGAUCAUACUCUAAAACCUGUGAUGACAAUUGCAUCUUUGGAAAGUGUAUUAAUGCAACUUGCGUCUGUCACAAGGGAUGGGUUGGGGAUCAGUGUCAGCAUUGCCAAGGAAGAUUCAGGUUGACAGAAUCAUCGGGAUCACUCACUGAUGGACCAGUUAACUAUAAGUACAAGACGAAGUGUACUUGGCUCAUUGAGGGAUUCCCAAAUGCUGUGCUUAGGUUGAGGUUCAACCAUUUUGCCACAGAGUGCAGUUGGGACCACAUGUAUGUCUUUGAUGGAGACUCGAUAUAUGCACCUUUGGUAGCGGUUUUCAGUGGCCUGGUUGUCCCAGAAACUAAAAGUAAUGAAACAAUCCCAGAGGUGGUGACCACAUCUGGAUACGCAACAUUGCACUUUUUUAGUGAUGCUGCCUACAAUCUUACAGGAUUCAACAUCUUGUAUUCGAUAAACUCCUGCCCUAAUAACUGUUCGGGUCAUGGGAGGUGUUCUACCAGCAACUCAAUCUCCAGCAGUGUUUACUGUGAGUGUGAGAGAUACUGGAAAGGUGAGGCCUGUGAUAUUCCCUACUGCUCAGAUGAUUGUGGGAGCCCUGACCGAGGAUACUGCGACCUCACUGGAGAGAAGCUCUGUGUCUGCAAUGACAGCUGGCAAGGUCCAGAUUGUUCUUUGAAAGUCCCUUCUGCUCAGCCAUACUGGUUUUUGCCUAACGUUAAGCCUGAUGGACAGUCACUAGGUCGAGCUUCCCAUAAAGCAGUGGUGCAUGAGAAGCUGAUGUGGGUGAUUGGAGGUUUUACCUUUAACUACAGUUCCUUCCAAAUGGUUAUAAAUUAUAAUUUGGAGAGCAGCACAUGGGAUGUAGUGCCAAUCAACAGUGGUCCCAUGGCGCGCUAUGGACACUCUGUGGCUCUCUACAAAGAUGAUAUCUUCAUGUUUGGUGGGAAGCUGGAUGGAGGCGCUGGGAGCGUCACAGACGAACUGUGGGUGUUUAAUAUACUCAGUCGAUCCUGGUCCCUUAGGACUCCCAACUCUGUGGCGCAGGCCCAACAUUUUGCUGUGGAGGGACACAGUGCGCACACUGUGGAUAAUAGAUACGGAGAGCCCAUCAUGGUGGUGCUUUUUGGCUAUUCACCCAUUUAUAGCUACCUGAGCCACGUCCAGGAGUACAACAUUCGCACUAACUCCUGGUCAAUAACAGAGACGAAUGGGGCGCUUGUACAGGGAGGAUAUGGCUACAGCAGCGUCUUUGACAGCACUUCACAUUCCAUAUAUGUUCACGGAGGAUACAAAGCCCUCCCUGCCAACAAAUACGGCCUAGUGGAUCACUUAUACCGCUAUCAGGUCCACACACGCACAUGGUUUAUUCUGAAGCAAAGCGGUCUGGCAAGAUAUCUUCACUCUGCUGUGCUGAUCAGUGGAGUUCUGCUGGUGUUCGGGGGAAACACUCAUAAUGACACCUCGCUCAGCAAUGGGGCCAAAUGCUUCUCCUCCGACUUCCUCUCCUAUGACAUUGCAUGUGAUGAGUGGACAGUUAUGCCAAAGCCAAAUCUUCACCGUGAUAUGAACCGUUUUGGACACACAGCCGUUGUCAGUAAUGGCUCGAUGUAUGUGUUUGGUGGUUUCUCUGGUGUGAUUCUGAACGAUGUGCUGGUGUAUAAACCUGGCAGCUGUGAGGCUUUACUGGAGGUGGCUCUUUGUCAGAACGCGGGCCCUGGCAUUCGCUGUGUCUGGGUCAAUGAACGCUGUGUUUCAUGGGACUCCAGCUAUGGCGAUGGCAGUAUCCCUGCCUCUUUCUGCCCUACACGGAGCACUGAUGCUGGUAAGCAGUGUCACCAGUACUCUGACUGUACUUCCUGUACGGCCAACACCAACGACUGCCACUGGUGUGAAGAUAAGAAGUGCAUCUCUUCUCUAAGCAACUGUACUGUGCUGACAGUUGAGCUUGCCCGUAACCCUCGAGGUCCCCUAUAUCUCAACCCUCCGCCCGCCAUGCUUUCUGAGCACCAUCUUUCCGUCUGGAGACCUGGUAUCCGAAGAAACGGCCAGUCUGUAAAGAAUUUUACCAAAUGCAGUGUUCGGAGUGAACCUGUUUGUAGCAAGCUGGUGAACUGCAAGAGUUGCUUUCUAAACAUCAACUGUCAGUGGGAUGCACAGCAGCAAGAAUGCCAUGCCCUGCCUGCACAGCUGUGUGGGGAGGGCUGGAAUCAGAUUGGAGAUACGUGUCUCAGGCUGAAUUCCAGUAAGGACAGUUAUGAUAAUGGUCAACAUAACUGUAAGAACCUGGAUGGCAAUAUCGCUUCUUUAACUUCAAGCAGACAGGUGGACUUCAUACUGGAAGAGCUACAGAAAUAUCAGGCGCAGGGAAGGAAGCUAACUCCAUGGGUGGGUCUCAGGAAGAUAAAUGUUUCAUACUGGGGGUGGGAGGACACAUCUCCAUUUACUGCCAGCACACUGCAGUGGUUACCAGGGGAGCCAAGUGACUCCGGAUUCUGUGCAUUCCUGGAAAGAGCUGAGGUAGCCGGUCUCAAAGCCAAACCCUGCACGGCCAACACUGAGGGGCUGAUCUGUCAAAAGCCACUUGUGAACCCAAACCUCAGCGUGCGCUCAUGUAAGAUGCCCUGCGCCUUGCGGACCACCUGCGCCAACUGCACCAGCCAGGCCAUGGAGUGUAUGUGGUGCGGCAGCACCAGGCGCUGUGUGGAUUCGAACGCUUACGUCAUCUCUUUCCCCUACGGCCAGUGUCUGGGGUGGCAGACUGGAGACUGUGGCUCUCAUAACUGUUCAGGUCACCGCACAUGUGCUCAGUGCUUGGAACAGCCUGAGUGUGGAUGGUGUGGAGACCCCACGGACACGGGUCAGGGUCUGUGUAUCGAGGGAUCGUACCGUGGACCGAUGAGAAGCCUGAGCAGGCAGAGUCAAGAGAUGGUACUGGACACCAGUAUGUGUUUAAGAGAAAAGGGCUAUGACUGGUCAUACAUAACCUGCCCAGCAUGUCAGUGUAACGGGCACAGUACGUGUGUUAAUGGCAGCGUGUGUGAUCAGUGCAAGAAUCUCACAACUGGGCCGCAAUGCCAGACCUGUCUGCCCGGUUACUAUGGAGAUGCCAGUAAUGGAGGAAAAUGCCAAGCUUGCAGAUGUAACAACCAUGCCAACGUCUGCCACUCCAGCUCAGGGAAAUGCUACUGUACUACUAAAGGGGUGAAAGGAGACCAGUGCCAGCUAUGUGAUUCUGAAAACCGCUACCUUGGCAACCCACUGAGAGGAACAUGCUACUAUAAUCUUCUGAUAGACUACCAGUUCACCUUCAGCCUUCUUCAGGAUGAUGAUCAGCACUACACAGCCAUUAAUUUUAUGGCAACACCGGAAGAGACCAACAAGGACUUGUAUCUGUCGAUUAAUGCUUCCAACAACUUUAAACUCAACAUCACAUGGUCUCUAGGCUCCACAGCGGGUACGAUCUCAGGAGAGGAGUUCCCCAUUGUGUCCAAGACUAACACCAGAGAGUACAGAGACAGCUUCUCUUGUGAGAAAUUCUCUUUCAUUGCAAAUCCCAACAUCACUUUCCAUGUCUACGUCAGCAACUUUACAUGGCCAAUCAAAAUACAGAUAUCGUUCUCUCAGCACAGCAGCAUCAUGGACCUGGUUCAGUUCUUUGUCACAUUUUUCAGCUGUUUCCUGUCCCUGCUGCUGGUUGCUGCCGUGGUUUGGAAAGUCAAACAGACGUGCUGGGCAUCACGGAGGAGAGAGCAACUCAUGCGAGAGCGCCAGCAGAUGGCCAGCCGUCCAUUCGCUUCUGUAAUUGUGGCACUGGAGAGUCCAGAGGAAGAGGAGGAGCUUCUGCAAGGCCAGGUGGAGGCUGAUCCUAUAGCUGUGGAACCAUGUGCAGGUGGUUGUGCUGCUGUUCAAACACUGCUGAUGAGUCUUCCACAGGGAUCUUCUGGCGUUCCUCCCCCCGGCCAGUGUGGCAUUACCAUAGCCAGCGCUCUCAUUGAUACCUCUCAGCAGAGGGCCGGGGACUUCAAAGACAAGAGCUUGAAUCUAAAAAGCCGCAAACAGCAUCACACGAUGCACCAGGGAACCUGCGUUUGAACCGGUCGACCGAACUCACCUGAACGCCCAGGUGAUUUUUUUCACCAUCCUCUUCUCCUUCUUUCACACCCUGCCAGUGGAAGGAGAUGGGGUUGAAGCUCUUGUAGUGUAAAUCACAGCGGAGGGUUAAGACAUUAGUAGUCUGUGUGUGGCUCCUCCUGAAUUCAUGCUCCAUACUGGAGCACAUGUGUCAUCAGUUUAGCUUGAACCUCUGUAGAGGAGAUCUGUGUUUUUAUUGCACCCACUGGGUUUUUGUUAUCAGCAAGUGUUUCUUUAAAGGGAGAGGGGUGUGUAUAGAUAAAAUCGCCUAGAUCUUAAAUAGGAACAGGAUUCAGGCUAUAGAAUUAGUUGCGAUAGUUGUAGUAUCUCAUCACUUAUUUAUGGGCAUUCAAAAACAACCUCUACUUUCCAGAUUUCGUGCAAGAUUUAACAUAAAACAUUUUAUUUGAAAUGUCUGUUGGAGCUGUCAACUUUUUGAUUAUACUCAUUUUAGCCAAGCAUUACAUUUGAUUCAUAAGAUUUUUUACUCUGGGUGAAAUUUUUAGUUUUAAAAAAUUUUAUGGGAUUUAUCAUUCACAACUGACAUUUGUUAACUUAAUGCAUGCAUUUAACCCCUUUAGAGCACUUGGUCAUUGGAAUGGACAUAACAUUUUAUGCUUCAAACCAACAAGCCCAGAACGUGUUAUAAGGUUGUAUCUUGCACUGAAGGGCUUAUUUCACGAUAACAACCUGCUGUCUGUACAUUAUCCCACUUAUUAGACAGCUAUUUACCUAAUAAGUAAGGUAAGCAACAUUAAUGGUAACACUGACAUGACACGUGUCAUGAACAUGGAGAUUUUAUGCACAUUUAUAACAACUUUCAUUAAGUGUCAUUUGUUAAAUUUUUUAUGCAAAGAUGACAUUGUUUGAGAUGUCUUUGUUAUGACAACUUGACAUUAACCAAUACAUCAUAAGUUGUCAUAAAUCUGUCAUGAACAAGACAUAGCAGAAUAAUUAUCAAACUUAAGAAGCUACCUAGCUUUAUGGGUAAACAUUACAUUAAACUGUCAUUAAAUGUUUAUACUUGUAAUACUUGUAAGUGUAUUGUGCACAUACAUAACAUUAAGUAUAAUCUUUUGACGUGUCUGUUAUUAUUUAAUAUU